UUCCAAUUUACUACGACCUUUUAAAACACAUUGUUAAUGAAAUAGUUGAACGUGCUAGAACUCAAUGGUUAUUGGCUAAAGAAAAGACAUAGAAAAGGGGAAAAAGUUUACGAUCUCAGUUGUUUAAUCAGUAGUGUAUGAAAUUGAACAGUGAAAGGUUGGGUAUAAAUGAAUGGACCAAGUACAUGUAUAUUUAAGGUUAAAAAAAAACUGGAUAUUUUCCGCUCUAGUUAUUUAGAGUAUUACAGUGUUAUGUAAUUAUAACCCUGUCUUGCACGUGCAAAAUUAUUAAGGACAUUUAUAAUAUACCCUCAAUAAGUAUUAAAGCUGUAGUAACUACAGAACAUAUAAACAGAAAUAAAUAUAAUGACCAAUCAAUCGAUUAAAUAGUAAACUAUCGACUCGGCUUAUUGAGUAUGGAAUUGCAAAUAAAGUAAGGGAUUAAAAAGUGCGAGCGCUAUUGGACGUGUCUAAACUGUAACUUUGAAUGUGUGACAUACAUCUGCCGAAGAGGUCUUUGAAAUAGGAUAUAUAAAUGUAACUUAAAUAAAAGGAUACAAUUUAAAAGGAAUUGCCACAGUAACCAGAACGAUCAUCGUUUGUGCUUUUAUUUUUAAAUUCUGGAGAUUUGUUAGUUGCUGAUAAGUUUUAAAUUUUAUUUAUUUUUGUGAUAAAUAAUAUAUAGAAAAUUAUAAACGAUGAAAUUAUGGCUAGUUAUUGCGGUAGGAAUGGUCAUACACGCCAUAUUCUUUUUCUCAAUUUUUGAAAUAUACUUCGCCACACCGCUUGUGAAUGGAAUGACACCGCAUCGUUCCCCUCUGAAGCCGCCGGCGAGGAGGCUGGUAUUUAUUGUUGCCGACGGAUUACGUGCUGACAAAAUUAUGGAACUUAUGCCAAACGGGAAAAGCCCAGCACCAUUCUUAAGAAAUAUCAUUCAAACGAAAGGAGGAUGGGGCGUAUCUCAUGCAGCUGUUCCCACGGCAACAAGACCCGGACACGUUGCCCUAACUGCUGGUUUCUACGAAGAUCCAACCUCUGUAGCUAAAGAUCUUCAAGGGAAGGAGGUCAUGUUUGACACAGUAUUUAAUGAGAGCCAGUAUACAUGGUCUUGGGACACGCCCAAAUUUCUGGCCAAAGUUACAGGAGGUAAUGCAAACCGCAUGUUUUCAUCGAAAUAUCCUGGCCAUAUGAAAUGGUUGGCCGGUAUAAACGCAGAGGACAUGGACUCGUGGGUGUUUAGGGAAACACAUAAACUUCUGGAGAAUGCCAAAACUGACGAAGUUCUGAAAGCCAAGAUGGCGGAGGACCAGAUUUUGUUUUUUCUACAUCUUGGAGGCCUCGAUCACAGCGGUUAUAUCGUCAGACCAAAUUCAGAGGCUUACCUUAAUCAUAUAUCGUUUGUUGAUGAAGGGGUAAGGAAGGUUGUGGAAGAGUUCGAAUCACAUUACAAUCAUGAUGGUCAAACAGCUUUUGUCUUUACAUCAGAUCACGGAAUGACUGACUGGGGAGCUCAUGGGGAUGGUACCCCAGACGAGACUUUGACUCCUUUGAUAGCAUGGGGACCAGGUCUACGUGAACCCGCGAAAGAAGACAGAAAAUACCGGGAUGGUCUUUCCAAAGCAUGGAGUCUAACUGGAUUAAAGCGGACGGACAUUAACCAAGCAAGUAUGGCAGCGUUUCUUGCGGCUUUGGUUGGGAUACCAUUCCCAAUGAAUUCUGUGUUACCUGUUCCGGACAAGUUGUUUAAUAUUACUGACCAUGAAAUGUCCGAGAUGUUGUUUGCAAACCUCAGGCAACUUCUAGCACAAUGUGAGGCAUUGCGAGAAGAUAGACAGGAAACUUCAAUGAAAAUAACAUUUAGACCAUUUAAACCUCUGGACUCCGAUUCUACUGUCAACCUCCAAAAUGACAUUCGAGCAAAAAUCAACAGUAAUCGCUACAAAGAAGCUAUUGAAGAAUCUAAAAGAGGAAUUGAGAUGGCACUAGAAGGAAUUCGAUAUUACACAACAUAUGAUAGACAAUAUCUCUGGUUUAACAUCGUCAGUGCGUAUGUUGGCUGGAUGAUUUAUCUUGUGAGUCUAGUGUAUGAAGACCACAGUGGGUUGUCUACAUCUGGACAGGGGCCACAACUCUCGAGGAGAUAUAAGGGGCUCAUAAUUGGAUUUUUCAGUGCUAUAAGCGUCAUAAGUUUCUUAGUUUUAUACAUACAAUCCACAACUUGGACUCAUUAUUUCUUCGUUUUGUUACCGUGUCCUAUAUGGAUGGCUGUAUUUUUAAGAUUUGAUAUAUUAAAGCAGAUAACAAGUGUAUUAUCCACUGUUAAAACAUUAUUUCCUGAUCUUUUGCUGACAUUUGUUUGCCUAGAAAUUAUACUGAUGGGCUUUUAUUAUCGAGAGGCAAUAUCAUUUGGACUUGUACUUUUUGCUGCGUGGCCCUGGGUGUUUAAAAAAGAUGAAAUUGAAAGACGUAUUCUUAUACAUUGGUCUGUAUCAUGCCUCACUGUUGCCUUCUUCCCAGCUAUUCCUACAGGGACCAGAGAGCUUAAUUUUAAUUUAGUUGUUUUAGGUGGCUUAGUCGCCAUUGCAAUCGCUUGCUUUAUUGUAAAGACAUUUGCCACAAGACAAUUAGCAAAACGGAAACUGUUUCUCAUAUUUGGUUUCCAGAUAUUUAUUUUAGCAGUUUCUAUAUUUAUUAUGAGACAUACAGCAGAAAUGGCAGCUACAAAUAGAAGAACACCAUUAAUAAGCCAAACUCUUAGUUGGUUAUUUUUAGGUUUAGGAAUAAUUGAACCAUUUUUGGUAACCACAGACAUCAGAUGUCGGCUUUUCUCUAUAGCUCUAGCGUGGAUGUCACCUUUUAUACUUUUUAGUAUUUCAUAUGAAUGUUUAUUCAUGGUUGUUAUUUGCUGGCAUUUAUACAUAUGGAUGCUGAUAGAAGCUAGCCUAGUCAAUGAUUACAAAGAACUACCAACAAAAAUUAUAGAGAAUGGUAACAUACCGAAUGGCAAAGCAAGCCCCGAACAUUCCACGAAAUUCCUGGAAAGUUUAGAUUUUGCAACUAUCUCAAAUCAAAUUGCCAAUGGUAAAAGCCGGCAGGGUCUAGUGCGAGCUGAUCUGCGCAGAAUAUCAUACUUCCUGCUCCUGUUGACUGCAGGUUUAUUUGGAACAGGAAAUCUUGCAAGCGUUAAUAGUUUUGAUCCGGCUGCAGUUUUCUGUUUCUUAACAAUUUCAAAUCCCCCAUUUAUGGGAUUAUUGAUUGUUUUAAAGAUUAUAAUUCCAUUUAUUCCUAUCACAUGCACAAUGAGAGCAAUAAAUUUGAUGACACAUGUACCACUAAAGUCAUUUACGUUGGUCGCCAUUUUAUUGCAAAAUAUUAUAGACUUUCAAUUCUUCUUACUGGUGGAUGAUGGGGGAUCAGCUACACAUGUUGGAGAGACAGUUUCCCACUACGUCAUCUUCUCAAUAAUGCACAUGGUCACCAUGCUGCUUUUUGGAUUUUCCUAUUUGCUCACCACGUGCAACGUUUGCUGCUUUAAAGAUACCUCGAAACACUGACGGACGGACGGAUGUUAUAGAAACAUUAACUCGGUUUUGUUACAACCUGGAAAAAGAAAGGAUGUGUUCUAGACUGAUUUAUCAGCAGGAAUAUUUGAUGGAGUUUAAAUUGUUUCAUGUUAAGUGUUUUUAGAAGUUAUAAAACCUGAAGGAUACUGGUGACUCUGCACCAGGUUUGUAUCAGUACAACUUACAUAUUAACUUGAAGAUUUUCUUGAUGCACGAACGAUAAAUGAUAAAAUAAUGGCCUUGAUGUUUUUUUUUAUCAUAUGCAGAAAAAUGGUAUUUUUGUAUCAUAUACAGAGUUUAUUGUACGAGAAAAUGUGUUCUUUACUUAUACUGCUAUUCUAAACUUAAAUGGAGAGUUCAAGAUCAUUUAAACAUAAUGUAAGAAAGCCAGCUAUGAUUAAUAUAGACUAAGUGUAUGUAUCUUUGACCGAUGUAUUUCAAUUUGUAUCUCACGUGAAGUGUUUUUGUAUAUAUAUAAAUAUGUGAGAUGGGGUUGGCUUAAGGAGGAGAUAAUGUAAACUUUUCAUUUUAUGUGCUGUGUCACAAUCAAUGUUUAGGAUUAAUCACACAAUUUAUCAUGUUUAAUAAGUGCUUCUUAAUCAGAUAAGGUCGCUUUCACAACUGCCUUACAUAGAUUGAAUACUUUUGUAAAAUGAUAUAAAAGUUUAAUAGAGAUAUUGGCCUUAACAUGUUUUAAGUUUUUAUUUAUAUUUAAAUGAUUGCAUAAUAUCUAUCUACAUAUUUAUAUCUUUCAACAUUUGUUUCUCAUUAACCAUAAGCCUACUGGAUCAGAAAGUUUAGAACCGGACAAGCCUGCACAUGUGCGCAGUCCGACCAGACUCUAUACUGCUGGUAGCUCGAUUUUUUGCGUUUUGAUAAUGACCUCCUCUAACAUUGAAAUGGACUGUUCCAAAUUUAAAUCAAAUUCAGAAGGUUAAAGGUUAAUGAAAAUAAGUCCACUGUGGCGUCAUUUUAUAAUUUAGUUUCGGGAUUACUUUGCCUUUCUUCGCCUGCUGUUUAUUUUAACACAUGUGAUGUCAUAAUUUUAACACAUAUGAUGUCAUAAUUUCACUGACACUCCUUUCUGUACUAGAAAUAGAAAAUUAUCUUUGUCACGGAAGAGAUGCUUUUAUAACGCAUGCAAAGAUUAAAAUAAGUUCUAAUUUAUAAUAUAACAACUUUAUAAUAUAUGAAAACAGCGAAAUAACAUAUUUGAACAGUAAUUUUAUAUAUGUGAGCAGUGAAUUGAUAUAUGUGAACAGUAAAUUUAUAUAUGUGUACAGUAAAUUGAUAAAGGAUAACUCUAAAUUGAUAAAUGAUAGCUGUAAAUUGAAGCAGUGAAUAGGUACAUAAGAACAGUGAAUUAGUUUAUAUUUAUAACGUUUGUGAUAAUAGAUAAACGGGUAGAAAAUAAUUCAGGCAAUCUAAGCAGUAUCUACACAGAUGCUCAUACUUGUUUUUAAUUGUUGAUUUAUCAAAAACAAAAACAAAAUACAAUGCAAACACAUUUUCAUAAAUUAUUUAUAGUUUUCGUUAUGUAAAUCUUUGUUAUUUCUGUGUUCCCUCUAUUUGUUCCGAACAUAAAAAAUAUUGUUUUGACUUGAAGUUAAAACUAAUAUAUCAUGUGUCUGAAGUUUAUAAAAUUAUUGUUUGAAUUUUACAAAUGAAUACUUUCCAAAAUACCAGUGUGAAAUAAUUAUCUUUGUGUAUUUCAUUUAGAGCGAAUGGCAUGUGCACGAAAUUAUUGGUAAUCAGUUAAAAUGCUACUUAAAGUAACAGCAUAGUGUUGUAUUCCGGAACAUUUUAUUAUGUUAACAUAUUAUGUAUUUGUUUGUGUUAAAUAACAGAGACAUUUCAUGGAGAAUCGGCCUUAAUAUCACAAAAGCAACAUAAAUUUACCUUUUAUAGAUUUUAUAAAUAAAUAUUUCAUUACACAAGGCUUUGAACCAUUUAUGUCAGAUAAAGUCAUUUUUAUGUACGAGUAUAUUAAAUAGAUGAUAUUGUAAUAUUUUGAAAAUUGUUUAUAGCAUGAUCAUUUUUUAUAAUAAAAGAAAAAAUAAUUUUUCUAUCACAUGUAGUACAUGUCUAUGAGAUGCAAAUAUAGUGAAGUAAAUUUUCUUAUUUCUUAAUAGAGAAAUUAAUCGUCCACUUCAGGGAAAAUUACAUUCCUUGCUUUUAUUCUUCAUACAUUCAAACAUUCCAAAUCAUGUAUAGAUUUAUUUUUAUCAUAUUUUUCUUUUACCUAAAGUUUCAAGUUUUACUUUUCUGAUGUGUUUUUUUGUGUGUUCAACAUCACUAGUGCACUUAAUUGUGUGUGUUUUUAUUUUUAUUUAAUGUAUAUAUCUUCCAUAAGAAAUUCUUUAUAGCGAUUUAAUUUUGCUUGUCAGUUGAUUGACACGGGAUUUUGGUAAAUAUUAUUGAAGAGUUGAUGGCUUUUGGUAAAUAUCAUAUCCAUGUUGAUGGCUUUUGGCUUUACACAGUUGCCAUAUAAAACGAUUUGAAAUAAUACCUACAUCUUCUUUUUGUUCAUUCACGCAUAUUACACAAAUAAAUGAAAUAAACUUUGAUCACUGCUGCCUUAAGUCUAUGUCUAAACAUACUGAACUUGUAUUAAUACGUGUAUUUAUUGUAAACAUAAAGGUAUUUAUAAGUACCUGUAUUUAUUGUAAACAAUGAAUAUAAGUAUUUUACUUGUAUCUAUGCAUGUCGUUAUUGUAAACAUAAACAAUAUAGAUAUUUUACAGGUACCUUUAUUUAUUGUUGACAAUGAAUAUAUAAGUAUCUACAUGUAUUUGUCUUUAUUGUAAACAUACUGAAUAUAAGUAUUUUAUAUAUAAAUAUAUAUAAACGGUUCUAAUUUAUAUGUAGAAUUUUUACGUUUGAUGUUUACAUCGUUUUGAGGUUAGGUAAGUUUUUGUGUCAUAAAGAAAUGCUUAAAGCAUCUGAAUGGCAAAUCUUACUGUAUCAAACUAUAUUGCAUGAAAUAUUUGUAAACUUCUGUGCUAACAUACAAAUAAGGAAAUUAUUUUGAAAUAUCAAAUUGUUGAAGAGACAUUAUAUUGUUAAUCUUCAAAGGAAAAUAUCAGCCCAUGUUUUAAUAAGAAAUUAUACUUUGUAAAAUGUGUAAAGAAUUUUGUUGUUGGCAGAUAUUGUUAAUUAUAUUUAUGAAUGUUGAUAUGUUUAAUGAAUGUAAACAGAAAAAACUUCCCUUAUAAAUGAUGUGUGAAUGCUUAUACAUUUAAUUAUAAUGUUGAUGAGUGUAACUGUUUUUUUAUAUUGCCAUUUUGGGUAAUUUAAGUUAAUAUGUGUACAUGGUUAAGUACUUAAAAAGUACUUUAUCCAGUAGACUAUGUUUGCUAUUUUAGUCAGAAAAUCAAUGGUGCUGUCACUGUAUUUAAAUGAGUACGAAUAUUUCUUUAAUAGUUAGUAUAGAUAUAAUAUGAGCCGCGUCACGACAAAACCAACAUAGUGCGUUUGCGACCAGCAUGGAUCCAGACUAGCCUACGUAUCCUCGCAGUCUGAUCAGAAUCAAUGCUGUUCGCUUACCAACUAUUACAAGUAGAUUAACUGAUAGCGAACAGCAUGGAUCCUGAUCAGACUGCGCGGAUGCGCAGGCUGAUCUGGAUCCAUGCUGGUCGCAAACCCACUAUGUUGGUUUUGUCGUGACACGGCUCAUAUAUAGUUUGUAGUUAGUAGGAGAAUGUAUAGUUUCAAGUCAACACACAAAUAUUGUGUUCCUCUCAUAUAGAUUUUAAUGUCGCACAGUGAAAUGCAAGGUUUAAGUCGAAUAUGAUUCUGAGUUAUGAAUGUCCCUCCUAAAUAACAAGUAAUUCAUAUUUAUGUAAUGCUUAUUAUAAAACAAGUUAUCAUAUAAGAUAUUUAAUACGCCUUUAUUCUAACUGUCUUACUAUUCAUGGUAAAGGGAUUACAUCUGUUUUUUAUAUUUUAAUUGCUAUUGUUAAACAUAUGCUGUGAAAUCCAUUAUUAUACUUAUUUUAGUGAAAAUAUGUUUUCUGUUUAGUUAAAUUCCUGGAUUUACUAUUGUGUGCAUGGCCUAUUAUUUAUAACUUUAAGAAUGUUUAACUUAACGAACUUUCUGUUUCUUUAAGUCUUGAAUACAUGGUAUAUAUAGCUGAUGUAUAGUCUCUCAGGGCAAAUAUGAUUUUUAUAUUCUUGUAUGUUGUUUUUGGUUUCUUCAUAUAGUCAUGUAAUCAUUUGAUCAAUGUAAGAACAAUGCGAAAAAAUGCAACAAAAAUGCAAGAAUAAACGUGGUGUAUGUCAAUGCAAGAUACUUAGGAUAUUUCCUUAAAUGCUAGAAAACAUUCGGAAUAUUUUGUUUUGUUUUGUUUUUAAUGAAUUAAGAAAUUCAAGUCUUCACAUAUUUGUAAAGGGCCAGGGGUAUUAUUUCAAGAGUGUUUAUUUUUGAAAUAUAAUUUACAAUACAUUUUCUCAAUAAAUGAAUUAUAUCAACUAUAUUUCACCGGUAAAUUCAUAUGCUUCUGUUAACCAGUUAUACGUAGAUAAAAAAGCAUUUCUAAGUAGCAUAUUUUAAACAAUAUAUUUCAUUUCCAAGUGGGUACUGUAUGUAUAUUUCCAAGAAUGUUAUAAGAAUGAUAUAAACUGUUUUUCACCGUUAAGUUUAACCAGUUAAUACUUUAAAUCUCAAAACCAUAAUCUUGAUUGUGAUAGAAUUCGUCGAUGGAGUGUAACUGACAAAUGACAAUACCUCUUGAUUGUUAAAAAUUUGAUCUUUUUUUCUCUUUUUUUUUUUGUUAAUUUCCUUAUUACACAUAAUCAUUUUAUACAUGUAUAAUGUUCCUUUUAAAAAUUAGUCGUAAAAAAGGUCAAUUAAAUGGAUACUGAUAUUGUAAAAGUGUGUUGUUAAACAUUUUGAUAAGGAAUAAACAAGUUUUCAAGUUUAGGUAUUGAGUAAAGUUUACACCAUGCAAUUUGCGACUGUCUGAUUUUUAUGUUUAUUCUGUAAUCUGUAAAUAUUGAUUAAAACGUUUUUGUUUUAUUAUUUAUUUAUUAUCAUCAUAAUCAUUAUUAUCAUUUAUAUCAUCUAAUUGUAGUGUAUAUUAACCCUUACCACCCGAAAUAUCGAAAAUAGAAUCGUCCAUCCUCAAAUCUGGCCAAAAACCAUUCUUAAUGUUAAGAAAAAAUUACAAAAUAUGUACUGACAGAAUAGCUAAUAGGGCAGACCAUGGCCAGACGGCAUGGUACCAGAUCCUCACUCAGAUUAUGUUUUUGGCGUUUAUGGGUACCAGUACAGGCCACCUCAUUGUCUGACCGAGUUUAGUUCCAGAGGAACGGCACUGGUAACUCCGCUAAUAUAAUUUUGUUAAUGUUUAGUGAAACCAUGUAAGGGCCUAUUUUAAUGUGUUGUUAUGUUAGACAUAUUGGUUAUCUGUAUCAAAAAUAUUCAUAUUUUAAUGUCAUUAUACAUGUUAAACAUUUUAUGAACAAAUAUAUGAAAUAGUCAUAUUAAAGUUUGUAUGCAAUUUAUCAACAUUCUAUAGACCAUUUAAAUUGUUCAAAAACAUUGUUUGCUUUGCAUUUUAAUAAACGUUUUGCCUUAAAAAAA